UCCUCUGACCGCGCGAUGGCGAAGCCGCUGACUGACAGCGAGAAGCGGAAGCAAAUCAGUGUGCGCGGCAUUGCGGGGCUGGGAGACGUGGCCGAGGUGCGGAAGAGCUUCAAUCGGCACCUGCACUUCACACUGGUCAAGGGAUGCAAUGUGGCCACGCCCCGCGACUACUUCUUCGCGCUGGCUCACACGGUGCGCGACCACCUGGUGGGCCGCUGGAUCCGCACGCAGCAGCACUACUACGAGCGCGACCCCAAGCGCAUCUAUUAUCUUUCCCUGGAAUUCUACAUGGGCCGCACACUGCAGAACACAAUGGUGAACCUGGGCCUUCAGAAUGCUUGUGAUGAAGCCAUUUAUCAGCUGGGGCUGGACUUGGAAGAACUGGAGGAAAUAGAAGAGGACGCCGGCCUUGGGAAUGGAGGCCUGGGGAGGCUGGCAGCCUGCUUCCUUGACUCAAUGGCCACGUUGGGCCUGGCAGCAUAUGGCUAUGGAAUCCGCUAUGAGUUUGGGAUUUUUAACCAGAAGAUUGUCAACGGCUGGCAGGUGGAGGAGGCAGAUGACUGGCUGCGCUAUGGCAACCCCUGGGAGAAAGCCCGGCCCGAAUACAUGCUUCCUGUGCACUUCUACGGGAGAGUGGAGCACACCCCUGAGGGUGUCAGGUGGCUUGACACUCAGGUGGUGCUGGCCAUGCCGUAUGACACCCCUGUGCCGGGCUACAGGAACAACACCGUCAACACCAUGAGGCUGUGGUCCGCCAAGGCACCCAAUGACUUCAAGCUCCAUGACUUUAAUGUGGGAGGCUACAUUGAGGCGGUCCUGGACAGGAACCUGGCCGAGAACAUCUCCAGAGUCCUGUAUCCAAAUGAUAAUUUCUUCGAGGGAAAGGAACUGCGCUUGAAGCAGGAGUACUUUGUGGUGGCUGCUACCCUCCAGGACAUCAUUCGCCGCUUUAAGUCCUCCAAGUUUGGCUGCCGGGACCCAGUGAGAACCUGUUUUGAGACAUUCCCAGACAAGGUUGCCAUCCAGCUGAAUGACACCCACCCAGCCCUUGCCAUCCCUGAGCUCAUGCGGAUACUGGUGGAUGUGGAGAAAGUAGACUGGGACAAGGCCUGGGAAAUCACAAAGAAGACAUGUGCAUACACCAACCACACUGUGUUACCUGAGGCCUUGGAGCGCUGGCCUGUGUCCAUGUUUGAGAAGCUCCUGCCACGGCACCUGGAGAUCAUCUACGCCAUCAACCAGAGGCACCUUGAUCACGUGGCUUCCCUGUUCCCUGGGGAUGUGGACCGCCUGCGGAGGAUGUCUGUGAUCGAGGAAGGGGACUGCAAGCGGAUUAACAUGGCCCACCUGUGUGUGAUCGGGUCCCACGCUGUCAACGGCGUGGCGAGGAUUCACUCAGAGAUCGUGAAGCAGUCAGUCUUUAAGGAUUUUUAUGAGCUCGAGCCAGAGAAGUUCCAGAAUAAGACAAAUGGCAUCACACCCCGAAGGUGGCUGCUCCUGUGUAAUCCGGGGCUAGCCGACACCAUUGUGGAGAAAAUCGGGGAGGGUUUCCUGACUGACUUGAGCCAACUGAAGAAGCUGCUGCCAUUGGUCAACGAUGAGGCACUCAUCAGGGACGUGGCCAAGGUCAAGCAGGAAAACAAGCUGAAGUUCUCCGCAUUCCUGGAGAAGGAAUACAAGGUGAAAAUCAACCCCUCCUCCAUGUUUGACGUGCACGUGAAGAGGAUCCAUGAGUACAAGCGGCAGCUGCUGAACUGCCUGCACAUCAUCACGCUGUACAACCGAAUAAAGAAGGACCCAACCAAGGCCUUUGUGCCCAGGACUGUCAUGAUCGGGGGCAAGGCGGCCCCUGGUUACCACAUGGCCAAGAUGAUCAUCAAGCUGGUCACAUCCAUCGGCAAUGUCGUCAACCACGAUCCAGUUGUGAGCGACAGGCUUAAAGUGAUCUUCCUGGAAAACUACCGAGUGUCCUUGGCUGAGAAAGUGAUCCCCGCCGCAGACCUGUCACAGCAGAUCUCCACUGCGGGCACCGAGGCCUCGGGCACGGGCAACAUGAAGUUCAUGCUCAAUGGGGCCCUCACCAUUGGCACGAUGGAUGGUGCCAACGUGGAAAUGGCUGAGGAAGCUGGGGCUGAGAACCUCUUCAUCUUUGGCAUGCGUGUAGAGGACGUCGAGGCCCUGGACCGGAAAGGGUACAAUGCCAGAGAGUACUACGACCGCCUGCCCGAGCUGAAGCAGGCCGUGGACCAGAUCAGCAGUGGUUUCUUCUCUCCCAAGGAUCCAGACUGCUUCAGGGACAUUGUCAACAUGCUGCUGAACCAUGACAGGUUCAAGGUGUUUGCAGAUUAUGAAGCGUAUGUGGCAUGCCAGGCCCAGGUGGACCAGCUGUACAGGAACCCCAGGGAGUGGACCAAGAAGGUCAUCAGGAACAUUGCCUGCUCAGGCAAGUUCUCUAGUGACCGGACCAUCACAGAGUAUGCCCGGGACAUCUGGGGCGUGGAGCCCUCUGACCUGCAGAUCCCACCCCCCAAUCUCCCCAAGGAUUAG